GUGAAAAUACCCUAAAAUAUAUAUAUAUAAAAUAAAAUUAAAAUUAAAAAAUCAGAAAAAAGAAAUGGUGCUCUGUUUUCCCUCCCUUCCUCCCUACGUCCUCCUCCCCUCUUUCUACUCUGUACUCUGUUCAAACCAGAAUUUCCUACUUCCCUAAAACUUCAAAAUUUUACAGAUAAAAUCAAGAUUCAAAUCACCCAAAACCUCAAAAACUCAAAUUCCAAGAUUCAAACUUCCAAAUUCAAUCAUGUUUCAAAAAUUCAUCAUAAUCUUCACCUUAAUCUUCACAUUCAACUUCCCCUGUUCAUCCUCCAUCUCCUUCAUCCCAGCCAACAACUUCACCUUCUUCGGCGAUGCGCACUUAAUCAUCGAUUCUGAAACAAACCUUUCUUCCAUUAGUUUAACCCAACAAAACCCUUCUUCUUCAGGCAGAGCAUUCUACUUUUACCCACUUCAAUUUCUUGAUCAUUCAACUAAUUCCUCCGUUUCUUUCUUUUCUCGCUUUUCCUUCAUUAUUACGCCUUCUUCUCCUUCAAACCCCGGUGAUGGAAUCGCUUUCUUGAUCACCUCUGAUUUGGGUUUGUUUAGUUCAAAAUUUGGGCAUUUGGGUAUGCCUGAAUUCAGCUUGAACUCCCAAGAAUCGUUUUUCGCAGUCGAAUUUGAUACGAAAUUUGAUGCUUUAGUUGGGGAUGUUAAUAAUAAUCAUGUGGGUAUUGAUGUUAAUUCUGAUAUUUCCUUGGUUUCUGUUGAUGGGUUUUUGGGUGGAGUUGAUUUAAGUAGUGGAAAGAAGAUUAAUGCUUGGAUUGAGUACAGAAAUUCAGUAAAAGCUAUCAGAAUUUGGGUUAGUUACUUCCCUAAUAAACCCUUGAAUCCUGUUCUUUCUGCUCAAUUUGAUCUUUCUAAGCAUUUGAAGGAGUCAAUGUAUGUGGGGUUCUCUGCUUCUAAUAGAGAUGGGUCUGCAUUACAUGUUAUUAAUGGAUGGGAGUUCAAGACUUUCGAGUUCGAUUUUUCGACUGUCGAUAGAGAUGAGGAGGGAGGUGAUUGUGUGAGCUGUACACCGGGUGAAGUUUCUGAUGAUGAUAACAAGAAAGAUGAGAUUGUAUUGACAGGAAUUAUUUCUGCAUUGAGUUUUUUGACAGUUGCUGUUGUGAUUUAUUUUGUCUGGUUGUCAAGGAAAAGUGUGAUAUCAGAUAGGGAGAAAAGCAGGAGGAAUGAGUUGAAGAAAGGGCCUAUAAAGUUGCAUCUCUCAGAGAUCGAAUCGGCUACUGAUGGUUUCAGCAGGAGUAGGAUCAUAGGCCAAGGAACAUCUGCAACAGUUUAUAAGGGAAUUCUUUUCCAUGAACAAGUAGUUGCUGUUAAAAGAUUCAAUGAUGUUAGUGAUGGUAAUCUCAUUAGAUCCUUUACCAAUGAAUGUGCUGCUAUGACUCGAAAAUUGAAGCAUAGAAACCUAGUUCAAUUGUUGGGAUGGUGCUGUGAAAAAAAUGAACUUAUCCUGGUGUAUGAGUUUCUGCCUAAUGGUAACCUUGAUCAGAAUCUGCAUACAGAUUCGGAUGCUUUUCGUGUUCUAACUUUUGAGCAAAGGCUGAACAUUGUUCUUGGUAUAGCUUCUGGCCUCACAUACUUGCAUGAAGAAUGCAACAGGCAGAUCAUUCAUAGGGAUGUUAAGACUUGUAAUGUGAUGCUUGAUUCGGAUUUUAACCCUAAACUUGGUGAUUUUGGAUUGGCUGAGGUCUAUGACCGAGAUUCUAGAUUGAGGAAACCGACUAUUCCAGCUGGGACAAUGGGGUACAUAGCCCCGGAGUAUCUUCACUUUGGUGUUCCUACUAUUAAGUCUGAUGUUUACAGUUUCGGAGUGGUGGUUUUGGAGGUGGUGACAGGAAGAAGGCCAACCGAGAACAAACAAGGUUUUCUCAUUGAUUGGAUAUGGAACCUGUGGGAGAGGGGUAAGCUGAUUGAGGCCGUUGAUUGGAGGAUGAUGGGGCGGUAUAGUAAGGAAGACAUGGAAAGGAUGCUCAAGGUUGGUCUGUGCUGUGUGCACUUAGAUAACAAGAAAAGGCCUACUCUUAAGGAAGCACAUAUGAUGUUAAAAGGGGAAUUGCAGGUGCCUGAUUUACCAGCUAAGAGGCCAGAUGUGAAGUUUCGAGCAGCCUGCCAUGGGCCUUCGAGAAAGAUGCUGAAUGCUGGAGGUGAUGAUAUUGAGGAGUGUCCUUGGUCAACUCCAAAAACUCAUUUCAGUGAGUACUGAUUAGUGCAGGUUUUUACAGGAGAUUAGUUCUUGAGCCAUGGAUUCAGAUGUUAGUUUGUCGUAGUCUUAGAUUUUCUUUUUACUUGUAAUCAUGCCGGUAAGAAAAACAAAAUGUAUAGCAGAAAAUAAAGUUUACUAAUUGCAUUCUCAAGUUUAAUACAUGAAUUGCAGGGAAUAAAAACCCCUUUUUU